AUGACGACGUAUACUUUGGCCGAGGGUGACUUCCAUGCUCUCCAGGGUAAAACGAUCUUGAUCAUCGGCGCAGCCACAGGCAUCGGGCGUGCCGCUGUUGAGAUCGCACUCGAGUAUGGUGCCAACGUCGCUGUCGGGGAUUUGAACGAAGAAGCUGCGACUACGCUGUUACAGCCAUUCCAAGACCGAUCACUCUUCAAGAAAUGCGAUGUCUCCAAAUGGGAUGAUGUCUUGCAACUCUUCCAGGACACCGUGUCCAGGUUUGGUGUGAUCCAUAGCGUGCUCUCCAACGCCGGCAUCAACACACACGAGGAUCUUCUCACCGAAACAUUUGACCCGGGGACUGGGAAAUUGCUGCCUCCCACUCUCACAUCAAUCGAUGUCAAUCUUGUCGGUCAGAUCUAUGUUACUAGAUGUGCGCUCCAUUUCUUUGGCAAGUGGCCAGACACGCCUUGCCAGCUUGUUAUGACCUCGUCCGCUGGCGCCUUCUUCCCUGCUCCGCCAAUAUACUUGUACUGUGCUGCAAAGGCUGGCGUACUCGGCUUGAUGCGCGGCCUUCGUUCAAAGGCCGAUGAAAAGAAUUUCACCGUCAAUGUUGUGGCGCCCUGGCUCACUAUUACACCAAUGCUCCUUGAUGACUGGCUUCGCAAAUGGACCCUUCCAAAAAACUCAUCCGCAGGCGUCGCGCGUGCCCUUUUUCUUCCUGUCAUCAAGCCGCAUAUAAACGGCAAAUCCUUCUUCGUUGCUGGAAAUGAGAUUGUCGAGUUUGAAGACUCAUUGCAUGAAACAGAGCCUCUGUGGAUGGGAAAGGAAUUGUGUGAUAAUGUUCGUCAGGGCCAAGAUAUUCUUCUCGGCAAGAGUGAAAAUUAA